UUCCAUAUUGCUAACUUAAACCCGAAAACGACUUCCAUUUGCCACCAAUCACAAAAAUAAAACUGCCCCAAUCUCUCUCUCUCUCUCUCUCUCUCUCCACCUCAUUCUUCUUAGGUCUCGAGAGAGAGACGCAGAGACCAAAUCCACAAACAAUCACUCCUUCUUCUCAAAUUCCAACUGAUUUUGACUCCAUGACUUCUUCCAGUUCCGAUUUAGUCCGUACUAUCGAAUCCGUACUCGGCGUUUCUCUCGGAGACUCCGUCUCGGAUUCGUUGAUCCUCAUCGUAACUACCUCCGCCGCCGUCGUAAUUGGACUUCUCGUUUUUCUAUGGAAGAAAUCGUCGGAUCGGAGCAACGAGUUGAAACCGGUUAUAGUUCCAAAAUCGUUGGUGAAAGAAGAAGACGAUGAUAUCGAUGUAGGUGAUGGAAAGACCAAAGUCACUGUUCUCUUUGGUACUCAAACUGGUACUGCUGAGGGAUUCGCUAAGGCGUUGGCAGAGGAGAUCAAGGCAAGAUAUGAAAAAGCAGUCGUCAAAGUUGUUGAUCUGGAUGACUAUGCAAUGGAUGAUGACCAAUAUGAAGAGAAGCUGAAGAAAGAAACUCUUGCAUUUUUCAUGGUGGCAACUUACGGAGAUGGAGAGCCAACUGACAAUGCUGCAAGAUUCUAUAAAUGGUUUACAGAGGGUAAAGAUGAGAGGGGCACUUGGCUUCAACAUCUCACAUAUGGAGUUUUUGGCCUAGGUAACAGGCAGUAUGAACAUUUUAACAAGAUAGGUAAAAUUGUUGAUGAUGAUCUCAGUGAACAAGGUGCAAAGCGUCUGGUUCCAGUUGGACUAGGUGAUGAUGAUCAAUCCAUUGAGGAUGAUUUUUCUGCCUGGAAAGAAUCUCUGUGGCCUGAGUUGGAUCAGUUGCUCCGAAAUGAGGAUGAUAUAAAUACCGUGUCGACUCCCUAUACAGCUGCUAUUUCUGAAUAUCGAGUAGUAAUUCAUGAUCCUACUGUCACGACGUCCAACGAUAAUCACUUCAAUGUGGCAAAUGGGGGCACUGUAUUUGAUAUUCAUCAUCCUUGCAGGGUGAAUGUUGCUGUUCGAAGGGAGCUUCACAAACCUCAGUCUGACCGUUCUUGCAUUCAUUUGGAGUUUGAUGUAUCGGGGACUGGCAUAACAUAUGAAACUGGUGACCAUGUGGGGGUUUAUGCUGAGAAUUGUGAUGAAACCGUUGAAGAAGCUGGGAAGUUGUUGGGUCAGAAUUUAGAUUUGCUGUUUUCUCUUCACACUGAUAAUGAGGAUGGCACUUCCCUAGGUGGUUCUCUUCUACCUCCUUUCCCUGGUCCUUGCACAGUGCGCACUGCAUUAGCAUGUUAUGCAGAUCUCUUGAACCCCCCACGAAAGGCUGCUUUAGUUGCGUUAGCUGCUCAUGCUUCUGAGCCUAGUGAAGCAGAAAGAUUGAAGUUUCUCUCAUCUCCUCAGGGAAAGGAUGAAUACUCCAAAUGGGUUGUUGGAAGCCAUAGAAGUCUCCUUGAGGUGAUGGCAGAUUUUCCGUCAGCAAAACCUCCCCUCGGUGUGUUUUUUGCUUCCAUAGCCCCUCGUUUACAGCCUCGUUAUUAUUCUAUCUCAUCCUCUCCUAGGCUUGCCCCACAAAGGGUACAUGUAACUUGUGCCCUGGUGCACGGUCCAACUCCCACUGGAAGAAUUCACAAAGGGAUAUGUUCAACCUGGAUGAAGAAUGCUAUUCCCUCAGAUGAAAGUCGUGACUGUAGCAAGGCUCCCAUUUUUAUCAGGCCUUCAAAUUUCAAGCUACCAGCAGAUCAUUCGAUUCCUAUUAUUAUGGUUGGACCUGGUACUGGUUUAGCACCUUUUAGGGGAUUUUUACAGGAGAGACUUGCCCUCAAAGAGGACGGGGUUCAACUUGGUCCUGCACUACUCUUCUUUGGAUGCAGGAACCGUCAAAUGGAUUUUAUUUAUGAAGAUGAGCUAAAUAAUUUUGUGGAACAAGGUUCUCUGUCAGAGUUGAUAGUUGCAUUCUCUAGAGAGGGGUCCGAAAAGGAGUAUGUUCAACACAAAAUGAUGGAUAAAGCAGCAUACUUGUGGAGUCUGAUUUCUCAGGGAGGUUAUCUUUAUGUCUGUGGUGAUGCCAAGGGCAUGGCCAGAGAUGUUCAUCGAACUCUUCAUACCAUUGUCCAGCAGCAGGAAAAUGCGGACUCGACAAAGGCAGAGGCUACGGUGAAAAAACUCCAGAUGGAUGGACGUUACCUUAGGGACGUCUGGUGAUUUUUCUGAUUGUGGCAUCCUUGCAAUUAGAUAUGUUACUUUCAAGAUUCACUGAAGGAUAUUUUUUUAUGAGAUUAAGCACUGCUUCUAGGGAAUUUUGGGACACAGAAGGUGGAGGCUGAACAGGUUUCCUUGAGAAGAAACAAUUUUAUGGGCAAAUGCUUCUUUCUUUUCUAUUAUCUUUACACUAUUAUCUUCUUAUGAUAGGUUAGACAGACCCUUUUGGACUAGGAUUAUUUUUAGGGGAUUAUAUGGACUGUCUCAAGAUCGUUCUACAAAACAUGCAGAUUACAGUGGAUUGUAAUGUAUGUAUAAUAGUGUAGGAAUUGGUUACCAAUAAUGAUUUCAUCAAUGAAACUGCGGUAUUUUUUAAAAUACUAUGGAUGUUCAAGGUGAUAUCUUCCUCUGUGUUGGACACCUAGUUUCAAUAAA